AAGGAAGAGGAGGAGGCGGAGGGGGAGGAGCAGAAACAGGAAAAGGAGUAGGAGCAGAAGUAGGAGAAAGAGCCUGCAAGAUAAGUAAUAGUGCAUCAAAAUCAGGGCCUAGCAUCCGUUGCUGGAAGAUGGCGAGAUGCUGUAGUAGUCGAUCGCCAUGCUGUGGGGAACAAUGCAGACUUCAGAGCUUCACACUAAGCAGUCCUCACAGAGAACGCUUUGGCACCGCUGCGUGGCCGUGCAUAUCACCUGUUCUGUACAUCGUGUACAGAUUAUUGGUCAUGCUGUACUUCUUGGUGUGGAUUAUUUACUCUGGCUGGCCCUACUCAACAACAUAUCUCUACCCGGGUGAAAGAGCGAAGUGGUUCAUCUAUAUAACUAACCUGGGCUUCGCCGUUCUGAAUCUUCAUCUCAUCCACGCGUUUAUUGUCAGCGUCAUCGUAUACAAGUCAUCUGUCCGCACAGCGAAUGUGCAAGAAGCGGAUUCCAUGGCGUCCGCGCCACCUCUCCCCUGCUACCUAAAGAGUGACUGGUUUCUCUUCAAUUUGGCAUGCAAUAUUGCCUUCACCCUCACUGUCUGCUACUGGGCUUUAUUAUUCAAUGGUCAGACCGAUGGAGUCGACAUCAACACCCACGCCAUCAACUCUGUCUACGUCAUCGUCGACGUCAUCGUUAGCGCGACGCCGGUACGUCUGCUGCACAUGUGGAUAGCGCAACUGGGCGCACUCGUCUACGUCGUCUUUACCGCCAUCUACUGGGCAGCAGGAGGAACUGGGGCGCACGGAGUCGCGUACAUUUACUCGGUGUUGGACUACGGCAACGCCCCCGGGCAGGCCGUUAUCACGGCAGCUGUCAUCCUACUGCUGGUGGUGCCGAUCGCACAAGUGGCAUUGUUUCUACUGAGCGCCGCAAGAGGGAGUCUCGUCGAUCAUUGCUGCAUCGCGACGCGAGACAAGCAACCGAUCAUAGAGGAUGUCGUCAUGACAACGAAUCUAUAGCGAACGAAAACACACAAAAAGAAGCAACAACGAUUUCAUUAGACGCGAACUAAAUUUGAGUGC